UGAGAUGCCCCGGAUGUACCGGUCUGGAUUAAGCCCUUCGUUUUGAAAGAGAUGCGCUAUACAUACACACAUUUGUCGUAUGGGUGUUUUUAAUACUGGUUAGUGAUAUUUUAAUGUGUGUGCGUGAUUUGUCUUUCGUGGUUGCUAUUUAUCGUAAUGUCUCUGCCAUGUCCGGUAAAGAAGAUCUGAUUUCAGUGGAUUAUGAAAUCUAUGGCAGAGUGCAGGGUGUUUUUUUCCGAAAGUACACUCAGGCUGAGGGCAAGAGGCUGGGCUUGACAGGCUGGGUGCAGAACACCAGGGAAGGGACAGUGAGAGGCCAGCUCCAGGGACCCGGCAGCAGGGUGCGAGAGAUGCAGGAGUGGCUGAGGAAGAAAGGCAGCCCCAAGUCCCAGAUCGCCAAGGCGGAGUUCUCCAACGAGAAGAAAGUGGAGAGUCUGGAUCACAAGGAUUUCAGGAUCGUCCGGCCCUAACCUCCCAAAUGUGAUGUGUUUUUCUGUUUUCUUUUUUAUUAUUAUUAAAAAAAAAGGCAUAAACAUCUUCCUAGAAUCAAGAUGUUUGGUCAUUUGGUUUCAAGAUGUCACUGUGUUGGAAUGCUUUUUUGUAAAUGUACUGCAGAUAACAUCAGUGAAGGCUUAAACUGCUAAAUACGCAUACCGUCUCCAAAUCUGAAUCUUGUACAUAAGUGCUUGAGGAUGUUUUGAACAUUCUACGUUCCCUUUGUGUGUUUAUUAAAUCCCUAUUUAUUUUGAAGAACCAUUUGUGUACUGUUUAAUUUUGUUAAUAUAGUUACUGAGAGGGCAGCUUAAUGACGGUACUUUGUAAAAAAUACGCUAGCCCUAUGUUUAUUUUUGAGAUGUAAUCAUCAACUCAACAAUUGGUCAAUAAAAUAUGCAUCAUUACAAAA